AUGCUCUCGAGAUGGACUAUGAAAGAAAAAUCUAUUGUGGCAUUUGAGCCUACACCAAAACUCACGGAAGGACAGUCUUUCAUAUCAAGACGUGGGGUGUUAACUCAUAUUGCAAUGGAGUUAGUUGACAAUUGCUCUUUAACUGAGGCUCGUAGUAAUUUUCGGAUGGAAGAACUACGAAAUUUGAAGUUAAAGACAAAUGAUAUCAAUGGUGAGAACAACACUACUAGGCAAAUAAAUAAGAACAGAAGUUGUGAGUUUACACAAGUCAUCCAAGACCCACACCCAGUUCGGGCUAAAGGAUGUGGACCACUGCUUGACGAGCUAUAUCAUCCGAAAUUUGCUUUUCAUGAUACACACGAUGAUCCGUACAAUGAUUUAAAGAAGAUCAAGGAAGACCAAGUCCUACAGUUCAAUGGUGCAAACUCCAAUAUCCAGAAAGGGGCAAAGGCUUUAGAAACAAAGUCGCAUCCCGAGACUCAAAAUUCCCUAAGGGAUGCAACUGCAGCAACUGGAAUCACUUGCACGAGGUUCGCUUGUUCUCCCCAAAAAUCCGAUUUUAGGAGAGAACUAAGCUUCUUGGACUCGGUUUUAAGGCUCGAUGCACGUGGAUUUGGAUACGUUAGUUUGGUCAUGGUCUCGACUGACCAUGCUAGCUCUUUAAGUGCUUUUCCACAUUCCGAGCUCAUCAACAAGUUUGUGGAGGUCCUCCCCGGCCCACACGGGAUAUACGAAAAUGGACACGACCACACAAGUGGACGCGCCAAUAGCCACGGUCGACAGCCUCUUGUGAGCAACCUCAAGAAUUUCGUGGGUUUUCAAACCCGAGAUGGAAACCAGACAAAACGUGAGUAUGAAUAUUAG